GAACCUGUUUUUAAAUGCCGCUCCCUCUCCCUCGGAGCCCAGCCCUUUCGCACACGUUGAACCAUAGUUCAAUCGUUUGCUGAUUUGUCUCUCGGGUACCAUUCUAAAACUGGGUUAAAGGGUACAGCUUUGCAACUUUGAACGCUCGAGAUGUUAUGGUUGCGCCAAAGAGCGCAACGUGGCACGGACAGCGUAAGAUCAGAUCUUUAUCCACGAACCAAUAACUUUACGCAUUCAUUAUGGUGCUAUAAAAUGAGAUCAGACUGUCACAACUUUGAGAAAAAAGUGAGCGUGAGCCAGGGGCCAGCGUGUGAGCGCGUGUUGUGUGUGAGGUGUGCGCGUGUGUGUGUGUUCAUGUUGUGGGAGAGGAGAGGACAGUCAGAUGCGUAAUUUCCCCGGUGCCCCGAUGCGCUCAUUGGUCGCGUCUCUCCAACGUGUCACCAGUUUUGGUGGAUUACCCCAGAUAUCUGCAGCAUCAGGAGGGUGAGACGCCACUCUGCCUUUCCAGCUUCUGCUCUCUCUGCGUCACAGCUGCCAGCAAGAACCACUCACAGAGUUGGGUGGAAAGAAGCACUCAGAGUAGAAGCUUUAAAAGACUUUUAUUUGUCAACUUACCCCAGCUCCAGAAAUGCAAACCUUUACUUCACACUGGAGGAUGACGCCGUCUUUUUCACUUUUGUCACUGCUUUUACUGACAACUUUGCCGCUGAAGAGUCUGUGGGUGAGCGGCUCCCCAGCCUGCGCGUCCUGUGGGUUGCCGGCGAUGGAGAAAGACGCGGAGCAGACGCUGAUGAUAGAGAUCGCCAAACAGCAACUUUUGGACAAGUUGCACUUGAAAGAAAGGCCAAACAUCACUCAGACGGUGCCCCGAGCGGCACUUCUCACUGCGCUGCGCAAGCUGCACUCGGGGCGCGUCAGACAGGAUGGGACCCUUGAACUAGAAAACAGUUUACCAACCAAAGACCAAGGCUAUGAAAUAGUGAGCUUUGCAGAUAUAAAUGAUUCAGACAGCGGUGACAAGGCCAGCCUUAGCCUUACCUUUCAGUUUCUGCAGGAACGUGGCAAGAGCAUCCAGGUCCUCCAGUCCUCUUUGUGGAUCUAUGCCCAGACCUCCGAGGAUCCUCAGCGGAGCUCCCGUCUCCUCGCCCGGGUCUUCCUCACAGCAGACGAAGGGAUUUCAGACUCAAACCGGACCCUGGUGAUAGAAAAGAUGUUGGAGGUCAAGGACAGUAACUGGCACACUUUCCCCAUCACCCGCACGCUGCAGACCUUCUUGGACGGAGGUCAGCGGCGGCUCCGGCUCGAGGUCAGCUGCGAAGAAGACGGAAGGAACCUUUGCUCCUUAGGCGGCUCGGCUGACAAAGCAAACCAGCCCUUCAUGGUGGCCCAGGUGCGACUGCGUGAAGACCACUCCAAGCACUCGAUCAGGAAGCGCUCUCUGCGCUGUGGCGACGAGGUGACGGUCUGCUGCAAGAGAGACUUCUACAUCAAGUUCAAGGAUAUCCAGUGGGAUGAGUGGAUCAUUGCGCCUGAAGGCUACCACAUGAACUACUGCAUGGGUCAGUGCCCCCAACACCUGGCUGGCUCCCCCGGCAUAGCAUCCUCAUUCCACGCCACAGUCUUCAGCCAGCUUAAAGUCAACGGCAUCAACACAGCCACGGCCUCAUGCUGCAUUCCCACUGAGCGCCGGCCACUGUCCAUGGUCUACUUCAACUCCCAGCACAGCAUCGUCAAAACAGACGUCCCCGACAUGAUAGUGGAGGCCUGCGGAUGCACAUAAAACAACAACAUUUAAGGCACUCUGUAAUAAACAGAUUUAACAGACUGAAUAAUUGAAGAGGUAUGCUUGCUUUGGACAACUUACAGUAGCAUUAGUUUUUGUUUUUUUUACAUGCAGCUAAAAUAGAAAAUAAGAAAUAUCCAAAAUAAACUGAAUGCCUAUAUUGUAACACUUUUAAUGUAAUUUCUAAAAAAAAAGAAACACUGUAUAUAAGUAUUGGUAUUAAUAGUAAUUGUCUAAGAGGUUUUAAGAAACAAAAUGCUUUGUCUCAGUGUUUACAUAGUUUCUAGUUUGUGUUUUAUACAAGGAAAAAUAGAUUUUUCAUUUGUAAAAUUGGAGAGUUGUAAAGAGAUUAUAUUGAUAAGGGGGGAAAUGAUGGUAUACUAAAAGUUUUACUAGUUUUCAGGUCUGAUUUGCAGGCUGACCAGUUAGGCUACUGCAUUCUUUCACAACAUAUUUCUUUAUAGGUUCCUCCUUCACCUCCUUUCGUCCUCUCAGGCCUUUGAAGACGACUUUCUGGUUGUGUUCUUUAAAUCCAGGCACUGAUGCCAAAAUUUGUUCACUGACACAUCAGUUUCAUGAGGCACAGAAAACUAUCAGUCACAUCUAUACCUGAGUUCUAUUUAAAUUCAAGGCAACCAUACAGUGUGUCCCUCUAUUUGGAUUUCUAAAUGGAGUGCCCCAACUUUGAAAAUGUUUUUUUUAAGGAUUUGUAGCAACAAUGUUGCAAUCUACCAACUCUAAAGUACAAUACAUAGAAGCCUAACCUAGCUUUCACUUCUUUCAUGCAAUUAGUUUUGCUAACCUGAAAUAUUUUUUAACCCAUAUUCAACAUAAAAAAAAAAACAUUUAAAGGAUGGCCUAGUAACAUUACAUGAAAAUAUGCUUAAUUUUCACAUUCAUAGAAUCCAAUCAGAACUCCGGGGGUUAGAGCAGGUAAAAUCUGCCCGGAGUCCUGACGGUGGGCAGCCAACGUAGCAUCCUUUUGAAACAUGUUUGAUCAACAUCUUCACUGUAUCAUUUACACAAGCAAUCUAAUCAGUUGGGUGGCUUCGACAGUUUAUGAACCCAAGGUCAUUUUUCGGCAGCAUGAGCAAACAUUUAGCUAUUGCCUCAGUGUCUGCUCAUGUGAAGGUCUGUGAGGCAGGUGGGUCAACGAGCAUGUGCUGAUGCACGUUGGCUUUUAUAGCUUUCAAAGUCUAAAGUUUUCAGGGGUGAUGUCAAUUUAGUUUCUUUCCACCAAUGGGGUAAUCCAGCUCUAUCUGUUUGAGAAAACAUUCAUUGGUUUAUAAAUCUAGAAUUUACGACUGCCAAAUUUUCUUUUGAGAUUGGUACCAUUAUGUUGGUUAUCAAAUCAGAAUACCCAUACUGGGUAAAAUGCAUAGUGUAACAUUAAUCUAAGCUGGAAUAGCUUGAUUUAAAGCAUGAUGAUGAUAAAAUCAUCAGUUAUGGGAUCAGAGUUUGCUUUAUUUUGCAGUUCUCAGAAAAGAAACAAUAACGCAACUUCUCAUAGAAAUCUACAGUCAUUCAUUCUACCGGUAAAAAGCUCACGUUUUGAUUAAUAAAUAAAUAUUUUUAUGAGGUUUGGUAAAGGAUUCUGGGAGAUAUUGCCCAGGCCCUCGUUGACUAUAAGCUUUUUCUCAGUUGCUGAACAUCUCAGUGACCCACUGGGCUCCAUAGAUCAGAGACGCUGGGACAGAAAUGUUUUAUCCCCAGAUAGAUCAGGACAAUUUGGUAUAUAUAUUUUCUGUUGGCCCAGAUGAUGAUGACAAAACCUUAUCUAGCUAAACAUAAUCAUCAUAUCUUUAUAUUUAUGGGACCCACAUUUGUUGUUCUUUUAUUUGUAACCUACCCCGUUUGUUUCUUCUCACGCCUCCUGCCCUGUGAUUUCUUGUGACAUGUCAGUGCCUCUGCCACACAGCUAAGACAAGCACUUUAUCACCCUCACUGUAGUUUAGGUGCAAACUUUGCUAGAGGGUUUUAUUUUUUUUUUGUUUUUUUACUGUACUUACAGCUAAGGUGGGCAUGACCUAAAGUGUAAACAGACCUACAGGGAGCGCAUGUACUUACUUUCAUAAGCUUUAGCGGUGUUCAGAUAUAUUGUGUUGUACAUAUACUUGGAGAAGGUGGAAUGGAUGGAAGCCAUUCUGUGUCUAUUUAAAUAAUCAUUUUAUUUUUAUAUGAUUCUAUAUUUUAUAUAUGACAUCAACAAUUUGUAAUGGAAUUUAGAAUAAAAACUGUUGAGAAUAUUUAAUUAGAGUGGAUGUCUAUUUUUGAAUAAAAUAUAUUAUAAAUUAC